AUGGUGAAGCCCUUCUGCGCGAUUGUUGGUGUGGCGGGAAGCGCAUUCGAGGUGGACAUAGACGAGAGUGCGUCGGUUUCCGCGUUAAAGAAGGCGGUCAAGGAGGAGAACGCAUCGACGAUCACAUGCGACGCCAAGAACCUGCAGCUCUUCCUGGCGAAGAAGAAGAAAGGCGCUGGGGUGUGGCUAACGGAGAACGACGUGAAGGACGGUGUCAGUGACACGAGUGAUUUGAAGCUAUUGGGCGUUGCAGGAGCGCCGCUCAGCUUGGUUGGCUUGUCGGAGAAGGACGUCAAGUUCGUACCCACGCUAGAGGAUGUCGAGUCGAUGAACACACCUGUUCACGUGCUGGUGGCGUUGCCUCCUGGGACAAGUAGUGCGCCUAUUUCUGAUGGGACGGACUUAUGGCUGUCGAGAUUUCAACAUAGUGAAGUUGCAAAACUUACGCUACUGCCGACACGCGGAGAUCUAAAUGAAUUUAUCGGACAACCUCUCCCUGUAAAGAUUGGGUUACCGCAGUCUGUGUUUCAAGCUUGGUCGAGUCCAUCGAUACUAGGCCAACUCCUUCGAGAUAAAUUGUUCGAGCUAAACGACAUUUCGCCGUGCGAAUUUUUAAAAGAUUCGGUGUUUAGCGCUGCGUUCCUGUACCCGCAGGUGGAUGGGGAUGCCACAGAGAGUGCAUUUCAUUAUUUCUGGGACUCAAUUAUCCGUGUGGUGCUCGGGUUUGUGUUUAGGCGUGCUUACAUCAACCGGGAUUCGAGCAGGAAAUCCUCGUCAGGUUUGAAGCGACCCGACUUUUUGUUUGCUUUGGAUCAUAUCUGUGUUUUUCGUGGUGAGGAGAAAGAACCUCGUACUUCUAUCACUGUGCCUCGUGAGGAGCUCUCUAAAACGCUGGUGUGGUCCUACGGUGGAGUGCCGUAUGUGUUUGGCUAUGCUGCGUCGGGCUUCGAGCUAGAAUUAUUUGCUAUCUAUCAAGACGUCACGGGCAACGUUAAAACCCACCUUAUUGGAGGGUUUAACUUGCAGCAUGCGCCGGAACGUUUUCGACUUGUACUGGCACUUCUGAAUUUGUGUCUGCUUUUCCCGGCAAUUGUGCAAAACUGUCCGGCCUCGGCAGGGGCCGAGUUCAUGGACAUCCAUCGCGCCAAUGGCGUCAAGGUGCGGUUGAGUCCGAUUUUCGUCGAUAAGAUCUUUCAUACACAAGAAGAGUAUCGUCGCGUGAAGCAGAUCUACGAUUCUUUGAAAGCUUAUGGGGUUCCUUGUGCCGAUGCAGUCGUCACGGUGGAUUCAGACCAAUUGAGGUUGACACUUAAGCCCCGCGGCAUUGAGAUGAAGCCAUGCAGCUUGAGUGAACUGUUCGUCGCGCUCGGGAACGUCCUCGAGGCCCUUGUAGUCCUCCAUCGCAACGGGUGGAUGCACAGAGACAUCCGUUGGUCUAACGUGAUCAAGCAUAUCGACCGCGUUGAAUGGUUUUUGAUCGACUUCGCUGAUGCAGCUCAAAGUCCGCAGAAAUAUCCCAGCGGCGAUCACUUGACGCACGACGAACACGCUUCAGAUAUUUUUAUGGAAGGUGGAUCCCACACGACUGCGGUUGACUUAUGGGCCGUGGGAUACCUGGUGAAGACAAGUAAGAUUGAACGGGAAUGGACUGCGGAGCCCGAAAGAGCGCUUUCCUAGAUCGGUUGAUGAACCCAGACCCGAGUGCUCGGCCGACGGCAGACGAAGCCUUACAGCUUCUGUCACGUUUUGAACGUGAAGCUGCUGAGCAGGAAUCACAGGGCAAGGGUGUGCGCAAGAAGCACAGACGUGCCUGAAUUUUUACAUCGCUAUGGCACUACCAUUACGCGCUGGGACGAAGUACUAUGGUACUAACAACAGGAGUAGUCGAUGAAUGAGCAACACACGUUUUUCUCAUACAUACUUCGAAUGUAUGAGAAAUCUCGGUUGACGAGAGAAACUCGUUGACACACGCAGCAGCUAUCAUGCGGUGCGAAUGUGGCCACUGGUUGUCGGAUACGCCCGCCUUCACGGCGGCCACCCCGAUACUAUCUAUAGUCGGUUAAGUACACCAUCGCAGCCUUCUCUAUUAAUCCCUGAACGCUGGAAAUCGUCGCGGUCUGCACCGUCGCCGGCAUGUUUGCGUUGAGGGGACGGUGCCAAAGCUGUCAAUAUCACUCAUGAUUGUGCCGUA